AUGAUUAAUACCGAACAAAUUCAAGAACUUAAUAAAAUCAUCGAAGAAAUUGCAGAACUUUAUCGACAAAAGAUAAAAUACAUAGUCGAUCAAACAUCUGAAUCAGAGGAACCCUUGUGGAAAUUAGAAGACCUUUUAGAAUUACGCAAAAUUAAGGACCAAUACAAUUUACUUUUUCGAAUUCGAGACAACUGCUAUCAAAUUUUAAUUUUGAGUAAAAAGAUAUCACCCACUGAAUCCCUUAUUACUUACGUUACAAAACGAUUGGAGCAAUUAGCUUCUAGUACACCAGAAGAUUUCUCGCAAACUAUCUUUACACCACAACCACUUUCCGUCGUGACGUCACCACAAGACUCUACAACGCAGUCCCCAAAGGCUGACGAGCCUGAUAAAAUUUCAUCCCCAGCUACUGCAAAAGCUAAAUCAACAACUAAAUCCCCUACAAUUCCAAAGCACACCCGACCAGGAACAAAAUCUAAACCUUUUUCUACUGUUGUAGACUUGCUAGAAGAAAUAGAUAUUCAAGAUACUGCUAUAGAAACUGAAUCAAGUACUUCAAAAGAAAAAUCAGAAGUAUCAUCAGUUGAAACAAAUUUAUUAGCUCCUCCCAAAUCACACUAUCCUUCUAGUCAACCUAACCCAGUAAUAGCUGAAGGAUCUAGUUCUAGUACUUGGUCUGAAAAGACAUCCCACUUGCAACAAAGGAUAAGGCAAGGAGAAUACUUUGGUCAACCUAAAUCAACUACUACAUCUAAUUAUUCGGACAAUUCUUUCGCCAGAGAACCACAACGAUUAAGAACUCGAAAACAAUCAACACUCAAAUUUAACCCCUCUAAACAAAAGCGUAAACAAAAAGAGGAAGUCGAACCA